AUGUCCAACCAGCAAGUCGGCGUGGUCUUUGAGAAGGUCAUCCAGGAGGUCUGCGACUCAUCCCAGGUCGACUUUGAAGAAAGUGGUGUCGAUCAACAGACUCUGCAUGAUCUGCGAGAUACCUGGCAAAAGAAGCUCUCUUCUGUCAACGUUGCCCACUUCCCUUGGGACCCUGCCCCAGUGCAGCCUACUCAAAACCCCAUCCAUCCUCCUGCGACUGUACCCUCCAACGCUCCUCGACCUCAGCCUCCGCAACAACAAUACAUUCCUCCGCCCGUCUCAAUUCCUCAACAUGCACCUGCACAGAUUCCUGGCCCCAUGUCCAUGGGCGGUCCUCGCAUCAAGACCGAACCUGGGUCUGGUCAGGUCCCAAUGCCUCAGAUGACACACCAGAUGACAUCUCAGAUGCCGCCGCAUGGUAUGAACCCUCAGUCAGCUCGCGACCGUGCUGCGAGUGCUCUCCAGCAGAGAUACGGUGCUGCUGCCGCCACAUCUGUUAGUCAAAUGCAAGCGCAGGCCCAGACUGGACAAGGAUACCCCCAGAUGCACCCCAAUGCCCAUGGCCAGAUGCCACAUAUCAAGCAAGAACACGGAUACCCUCCUAUGGGAGGUCAGACCGAUGGUGGUGGUGAUUCUCUGGCUGAAUGGAAGGCCGAGGUUGCACGCCGCAGGGCAGCUGCUGAGGGCGGAGAAGGUGAUCGCAUGCUCCGCGAGCACCUCAAGCAACGUAUGAGCGGGCUCGAGGGUGGUGGUUUCAUGCGCCCUCUGGCUGAGCACGAAUCAUCUGCCAAGAUUGCCCGGCGAGCAGCCAUCAGUGCUUGCAUCGAGCAAGACAAUGAGGUAUCUCCCUCGGCUCCCCCUAUGUCUGGACAAUUUGAUGGCGCAGACGGCGAGGUCAAGGAAGAAGACGAAGAUGCGAUCAACUCCGACCUCGACGACCCUGAUGACCUCGUGGCCGACGAUCACGAUGCCGACGAGUCAGAAGGUCAAGUCAUGCUUUGCACAUAUGAUAAGGUCCAGCGUGUCAAGAACAAGUGGAAGUGCACCUUGAAGGACGGCAUUCUGACCAGUGGUGGAAAAGAAUAUGUCUUCCACAAGGGUCAAGGCGAGUUUGAAUGGUAG